CCCAUUUUACAGGCGAUUACAUGUUGUUGUAUAAUCACGAGCUACAAGCAUGCUACAAGCUUUGACAUUACUAGAACCCAUAUUUUAAGAAGCAGAAAUUUGAAACAAUUUUAAAGAGCUGCUCUGUUGUUCGUGAACAUAACAAAAAAAACAUUUCAAACCAACCAAGGAACCCAUGUUUUCUGACUACUUACAAGGAAAUCCUGUUAAAACAAUAUCACAAAAAUGAACAAGGUUCCACGAUAUUUUGAGAAAGUAGAAGAUUCAAAUGAAACUCAAAAUAAAGAUAUUAAACCGAAAAAAGAAUUUAAGAAGGAUAUUGUGUUUAAUAUUGACGUGAAACCAAAACCAUGGGGUCGUAGAAGGGAAGAUAAUCGAAUCAGAAAGGAACAAAGAAAUCCAAAUAAAAUAAGUAGAAAGAAUGUUAAGUACAGUGCUAAUACAAAACCAAAACUAUGGGAUCAUAGAACAAGAGAUGGUGGAGUUAAAAAAAUCAAAUAUGUUCCAAAUCCUAAUCCUAAGUUUCCUGGUCGUGUUCCCAUACCUAAACAAAAACUACAGAGGCAUAGUAGAGGUGAAGGCAUAGAGAAAAAAGGAAUUCGAACAGGUGUGCACAGGAAGAGAUUUGAAAAGAAAGAAAAAAAUAUUAAAUUAGCAACUGAAUUAGCAGCCAGAGCUGAAAUUCUGCUUGCUGAAGACACAGGUUUUCUAGAAGUAGAUGCUGGUGAAUCGAGCACUCAGUUUACACAGAAAGAGAUUGCAGCUAGUGUUGAUAUUAUAUCAGCUACAAAAUACUUUGAAUUACAUCUGCAUGAAUUCGGCCCCUAUCGUGCGAAAUAUACUCGAAAUGGAAGACACCUGCUUUUGGGUGGUAAAAUGGGGCACGUUGCCGCGUUUGAUUGGAUGACAAAAAAAUUACACUGUGAAAUAAACGUAAUGGAAACAGUACACGAUAUAUGUUGGCUGCAUGUAGAAACAAUGUUUGCAGUCGCCCAGAAAAAUUGGGUUUAUGUAUAUGAUAAUGAGGGGAUUGAAUUACACUGUCUGAAAAAACUUAAUAAAGUGUCUAGAAUGGAAUUCUUGCCAUAUCAUUUCAUUUUAGCAACAGCUAGCGAGGUUGGGUACUUAAGUUGGUUAGACAUUUCAAUUGGUCAAAUUGUAGCACAAUACAAUACAAACAUGGGUCGUCUAUCUAUAAUGGCUCAAAAUCCUCAAAACGCUGUUUUAUGCUUUGGGCACAGUAAAGGAGUUGUGACUAUGUGGGCACCUUCAUCUAAACAGCCCCUUGUUAAAAUGCUCUGCCACAAGUCACCAUUAACUGCACUCCAUAUUGAUCCCAGAGGAAUAUACAUGGCAACUGCUGCCAUUGAUAAAAGCAUUAAAGUUUGGGAUGUAAGACAACUAGGUGAACCUUUGCAAAAUUAUACUGUGAGGUCUGCUGCUGAAUGUAUCAAUUUCUCUCACACAAACAUGUUGGCCCUGGGAAUGGGAAAUAUUAUCGAAGUUUAUAGGGAUUGUUGUACUAAAACUGCAAAAAGAGCUUAUCUGCGGCAUCGACUGACAGGCUUUGUGAGCAAUAUGGAUUUUUGUCCAUUUGAAGAUGUUCUUGGAGUGGCUUCUUCGAGGGGCUUUACAAGUUUGCUGGUUCCCGGUGCCGGGGAACCUAACUUUGACGCCAGAGAAGCGAAUCCCUUCCAAACAAAAAUGCAGAGAAAAGAGGCCGAAAUCAAAGCCUUACUUGAAAAAGUUCCUGCUGACCUUAUAUCACUGGAUCCAACAAGAAUUGCGGAAGUUGACAUUCCAACACUUCAGGAAAAAGUUGAAGCAAAGAAAAAACUUCUGUAUCUUAAACCUCCAAAAAUUAAUUUCGAGUCGAAAAGAAAGGGUAAAGGUAGAGGAGGAACAGUUAAAAUGGCCAAAAAGAAGAAAAUCGUUCAAGAGCAGGCCAAAAAGGAAUUUAUUAAGAAGACUAAGAAUAGUAUAUCGACUUUACAAAAUAAUAAGAAGAAGAAAGAAAGCCAAACUACUCCAAAGAGUGUUUUAGAUAGAUUUCUACCAAAACCGACGUAAAAAAGAAUUUCCUGUCAAUAACUAUUUUUUCAAACAUUUUCAUUAUAAUUA